CGUUGGCGGUGUGGAUUGCGGGGAUACUAUGGGGCGAUCCGCCUUUUUCCCACCUACCACGUUGUUUCAGGGUCACCAACCAGUUGACCUCAUAAUGAACCAAAUGACUGAGCACAGAAUCAAUUUAUUCGAUGAUACUCUGUGCGUAGGACAGUUGGCUUCGUACAACUCUCCAGGAGUUGGCUCGGCCCGCGAAGGGAAAUGGAUUAAGGCCAAUGAGAAGCAUGGUCCGAAUCGUGUAGGGUCGACUAGUUUCACGGGAUCAACCCCUAUGGCCCCUAAAGACUUCCAGUAUACGUUUUUGAUUCACUUCUCGGCCUAUUUUCUUAUCUGUUCUAUCUUCGCCGGUCUUUCCUUCUUCUUCCAACCCCUCCAAACUCUGUUCUUUCUCACCAAUUUAUACCAUCCUCGAUCUCUCUUCUUCGGAGUCCAACGAUUCUCAUUUUACUCUUCUACUCUAAUCUUACUCUUCUACUCUCCUCUUUCAGUUCACUUGAAGUUCCCGAAUCUCACAGUGGUGUGACUAUGGAAGGCAAUACAAUGUUGGCUACACCCCCGAACAGUACAAUAGACGUUCCAAAGAAGGAUAAGUCCUAUCCUCUUCCUAGAGAUGCUGCCGAGACCAAAAGGCUCAACGAUCAGCACAGUCUUUUCAAGAUAUACUGUGGUCAAAACCUGAUCCAUCCUUCGAUCCCCAAAGAAAAGAUCCAGAAUAUCGCAGAUAUAGGUACCGGCACUGGGUAAGUGAGAU